GCUAUUGGCUGGAGUCCCCGCCCCAGGGCGAGGAGGAGAAGGAGGGGCAGGAGGGUUUGGUUGAGCUGCAGCUGUUUGUCUGUUCGACACAGGCUUGGGGCCGACGGGGGAGACGGAGCCCCAGGACUGUUGAAGCCUGGAAAUCCCCUCCCCUUCCCCCCCUCCCUUUACGGCAUCCCCCUCCCUCCACCCUUUCCUACUUUCAUAAUCUGGCCAUGACUAGCAGAAGCACAGCUAGGCCCAAUGGGCAACCCCAGGCCAGCAAAAUAUGCCAGUUCAAAUUGGUCCUGCUGGGAGAAUCUGCAGUGGGAAAGUCAAGCUUGGUAUUACGUUUUGUCAAAGGGCAGUUCCAUGAGUACCAGGAGAGCACCAUUGGAGCGGCCUUCCUCACCCAGUCGGUUUGUCUAGAUGACACAACAGUCAAGUUUGAGAUCUGGGAUACAGCUGGGCAGGAGCGAUACCACAGCUUAGCCCCCAUGUACUACAGGGGUGCCCAAGCUGCAAUCGUGGUUUACGACAUUACUAAUCAGGAAACCUUUGCCCGAGCGAAGACAUGGGUGAAGGAACUACAGCGACAGGCGAGUCCUAGCAUCGUUAUUGCUCUAGCGGGGAACAAAGCUGACCUGGCCAACAAGCGUAUGGUGGAGUAUGAAGAGGCCCAGGCAUAUGCAGAUGACAACAGCUUAUUGUUUAUGGAGACUUCAGCCAAGACGGCAAUGAACGUGAAUGAUCUCUUCCUGGCAAUAGCUAAGAAGUUGCCAAAGAGUGAACCCCAGAAUCUGGGAGGUGCAGCAUGCCGAAGCCGGGGUGUGGAUCUCCAUGAACAGUCCCAGCAGAACAAGAGCCAGUGUUGUAGCAACUGAGGGGGUGGCUAGCAGCAAACAAGUAUGGAGCUAGCACGAGAGCUAAGAAAUAACGUCCAUCCCUACCCCUCAGCACACAGCCCCUACGGUAACAGCACACUGAGCCCUGGCUCCCAAGGGCUGCCUCCUGACAGCUCCGUCAUGGCACUUUUUAAUGCUUCAGCAACCAACACCAGGCAGCUGUUGCCACUGGCCUCCUACCCCCUACUCUGGGGCUUGGGGGUCAACUCCCCCCAGGACUUAACCUUCCAAAACAAACUUUCUUCACUUUGUAUUAUAGGUACAAGACAGUGACUUACUUAUCUUUUCUCCUCCUCCCUAGUGUUCCUCCCCAUUAUUUCAGAAAACACUUCUGUCUCCUGUCCUUUCCCCUUUCUGCUUUUGAUCAAUCUCUGUUCUUGAUCCUCUUUUCUCCUCUCCCCAGGAUGCAGAAGGUAGUAAACCCAGGAGCUGAGGAAGGAGGUUUCCAGUUCAUUUACAUUAAGGACCCUGGGGGAGAAUAAAGCUCAGAGCAGGAGGGAGUAAGGAAACAUUUCCUUUUUGUUUUUAUUUGGUUUGAGUUUCUCAUAUUUGAAAACAUUGUAGUAUCCAUGCGUUGGCCUUGUAGAGGAUGUUCCUAGGUAGAGGUGAGAAUGGGGAGGCAAGCUCUCAGGCACCAGGCAGGAGGUGUCCUGUAAGCUAACUGGGCAGAGGUGGAGGUACAGUGUUAUCUGUGGCUCUGUAACUCUUCCAAGGCCCAGUUUCCCCUCAUGCAGCCUCUUAGGUAGCAUUUCCCCUGUCAUGGGGAUUGGACCCCAGAGUCCUCCAAAGAAUCUUCACUGGUUGCCUGCAUCUUUGGCUCUGCUGUGAUCUAAUUGGAGGAGGGACCAGUUUCUGAUACCCGUCCUCUGAUUUAUACAUAUGCAUUUUUUUCCCUCUGGCCUUUAGAUGGCCUCAGCCCCAACUACCAUAUGCCCCUGCAGUUUGCACUUUAAUUGAUGGUAGUUCAGUUGGGGUACUUGUUUUAUGGAGGUUUUGAUUGAUUUCCCUGCCCUCCCACCUUCUUUUUAAUUCAGUGAAAUCUGAGGUUAAUAUGAGGUUUUGGGAGAGAUUAGAUAAAAGUACCAGUGGCAGCUAUUUAAGUCCAAUCUCCACUGUUAGCUUCCUCCAACUCAAUUCUUAACCUAUAUUCUUGCCCAUCUCGCUACUGAGUAUAGGUUUGCCUUUCCUGGAGAAUUAACUGAGCAAUUGGGGAGUGUCUCAGGAUAGCGUAGGCCAAGGUAGGGGAGUAAAAAGGAGGUCAGGCAAAAGGGAGGAGUUAUUCUAUCCUUUCCCAGGUUUCACACUCAAUUUGAUAUCCAUUACCAUGUCUUUUCUACUUCCCUGUAAAUAGAUAUGAUCUUUAUUCCUACUGUACAGUCUGUUCUAUCCUCUGCCUCCCACCAGGCCCUGUUUCCUUUUUUCUUUGUUAAUAUCUUGAAUUUAGUCCCUCCAUUCUUAAUCCCCCCAUUCCUUUCCACCAUGCAACCAGUGGUUUAAUCCAUGUACCACUAGGGGCUAGUACCACAGAGGCCUCCUUGUGGCACCCUCAUAUCAUACCACCUGUUCCUGUGGACAGGGAAUGACCGGCACCGAAGGUACCUUACAACUGACUCAUAUUAUCAGAGGACCUUGGUCCUUUCUAAAUCUUUAGCCUCUCUUCAUAUCCCUCAUUGGGUGUUUUAAGAUGUAUCUGGGAAACCAUCAAGGCAAAAGAGAACUUUAAGUUCCUUGUUCCAUCCCAGAGUUUUGGGAAAGAAAGAAAGAAAGGAAAGGUCACAGUGACCUAGGAUUGGAACCUUUCUGCCCUUUUGGCUUGCAGACUGCCUUCUAUCCCAGAACAGCUGAGAAAUCUAUGAAGCUGAGAUUCUGAAGGACCCAGCUUAGGUUCUUCCACUUAGGCCUCAAUUCCCUUCCUUUUCCAGGGGCAGCCUUAGUUCCCAUGGCCCUGAAACACACACAUUUCCCUCUUCCUUUCCCAGAAGCCACUGGCCCCCCAAAGCACCCAGUGCAUCCUUUUUAUAAGUGGAAGAACUAGGUUGGCUUUCUAAAGUCUCCUAGAAAUGAAGUUCUUUCUCUCUGCAGCUUUCCCCCAUGGAGUAGGAGCAAAGAUGUCUCAUUGUCUUGGGGCUGGGAAACGAUUUUCCCAGGCUUCUCCCUCCCCCACCCCCAUAGGAACAGGAUUUGGCCUUAGCUUCUGGGCCUACCGGCUGCCUUCCCUCUACUUCCUACCAGCUCUUCUGCCUUCCUUUGAGCUCUGUUGGGCUUGGGGAUCUUAGGGUUUUUUUUUUUUUAAUUUCCCAGCUCAUUUUUUUUCUUCUGGUCAGUUUUUUUAAGGGGGGGUGUUGUGGGUUUUGUUUUUGUUUUGCUUCUGAGAAAGUAUUUGCCUUUCUUCCUCUCCCAACAUAACAAUCGUGGUAACAGAAUGCGACUGCUGAUUUACCAAUGUAUUUAAUGUAAGUAAAAAAAGGAAAAAAAGAAAA